UAUUCGAGGGAGUCAACAGAUGGGGUCAAGACAGUGGAAAUUACAUUAAAAGAUCCGAAUUUGUUUUGGGUCAUGGAUUGUUUGUGUUCAGUCUAGAACCUGUGUUUGUGGACUCUGAUUAUUUAAGCUUAAUUAAGAGUGGUAAUUUACGGUUAGAAGUACAGUUUAAAUCAGCACUGAAUAGCACAGUCAGUUGCAUUGUGUAUGGGGAAUUUCCUAGCUUGAUUGAAAUUGAUCAUUCUAGAAACGUAUUUGUGAAGUAGAGGACAAAUAUGAAUGCAAGACAGAUCAAGUGUGUGAUAGACUGUGACCUUGAUCUUCGAUCACGUAUUGUCGGUGUGUACUCAAGCGACACAUUGCCCUGUUUGAAAUGAGGAGGUCUCUGGGGGUGUAUUGUGAACACAGAACCAUCUCACCUAGCCGGAAAGCACUGGGUUGCGUUCUUUUUUGAUAAAACUAAAGCAGAGUUUUUUGACAGUUUUGGCAAUCCACCCGAAUACUAUAGUGCAAAUUUUUUAGAAUUUCUAAUGAAACAUCAUACAUCUUAUGUUUACAAUAGCACAUGUCUUCAAAGUUUAACCUCUCUGACCUGUGGAUUUUAUUGUUUGUAUUAUUUGUUACAAAAAUGUAAAACUGAUCUGAUAAUGAAAGAUAUUGUGAAUCAGUUCAGUGAAGAUAAAUUACAGAAUGAUGUAUUUGUAUCUAACUUCAUAUGUCGCUAUUUUAGAUAUUGCACACCAUUAUGUAUUGCAUGUAAAUACUAGUACGUUGUUUGUAAUUUAAACAUAUGCUGUAAAAUGUACAGAAUCAAAUAUAUAUAUAUAUAUACAUAUUCUCUCUGGAAUGUUAACACCUUUCCUUGUAAAUAAAACAGUUUUAAAAUAAUAAACGUAUUUAAUCACACGAUUCUGGUUUGUUAUAUUUAACAUUAUUUUAGUAGAUAGUAGUAUAAUUGAAGGGAGAGUACUCUAUUUACAUAAACUUUCGUUACUACGCAGUACGACAACAUGUUUGCAUAAACUACGCAGUACGACAGCCAGGCAGUAUGUUUGUUAUUAGUGUUUUGUUUUCUCUUUUUUUCUUAAGUGUUUGUACUUUUCAGUUUGGUGAAAUCUGUACCGGGUCACCACUCAUGGUAUGUAGGCCAUUUAGUGGCGUUUUAACACACACAAAGGGAGCGAAGUAUCCACAUGUUCGUGUGAUCGAGAUCCAAGGUGGAGGUAACAUUGUGGUAGACUUGGAAACAUUCCCGAUAUUACGUUUAAUUAAAGGUGGCAGAGCGACUUGCGAAUCAGUGGUAAACAAGAAGUAUAGUACUAAGCACGAACUCGUUGUCAACGAGGAAACUUGCACAUUCCAAACCCAGUCCAAGGAAGCUAACAUGUUUGACAAGACUGUCACAUCUCAAACGAACACAAUGGCAAUACCCAAAGAUUUUUUGUCUUUUUCCUCUGGGAACACUGUCAACUCUUGUACUAAAAUGAAAUGUAUUUUGCCCAUCUGUGUUUGUAUGGUGUUCAUUUGUUUUAUUAUUUUCAUAAUCUUAGUUUUAUGUAGGAAAAAACUAAAAUUUUGUUUUAAAAAUAACUCACUGAAUGAUUUGAAUAUUGUAAAAAAUCGAAUUUAUUUGUCACCAUGUGAAAAUGAAAGUGCUGUGUAAUGUAAAAAUAAUUAUAUAAAUAUUUACAUGUAUACAGUUUUAAUUAAUAAUCAUUAAACCUUAUUUCCUUUUUUCUUUUAACUGAAAAUAACUCAACUUUAUUUCCUUUUUCUUUCCAGAACCUUCAUGGAUGAACAUUUUUGUUCUUGUGUGUGUGGGUGUGACUCUUCUUUUAGCUGAGAAUGAUGGAAAGUCAAGAAACUUGCCCCUUAUGCAGCCAUGAAGUAGAAGAUGACGGAGAAAGAGUGGUGCGAAAGGAGCUGAAGGGAUCAAUAAAGCCAGUAUUGAGAGGGGCGUUAGCACUGUGGUAGCUGCUGGAGCGGUGGUGCACAAGAGAUGUCGUAUGAACUACAUAAACAAGAAACAAAUAGACUUGCAUAAGAAAGCUACUUCCGUUCAUCGUUCACCUGCCAAGAGAGGUACAUGGGUGUCUACUGGAUCCUAUGAUAGCACGACGCAGUGUUUCUUCUGUGGACAUGAAGUGGUGAAGACAAGGUCUAGUGCUGAUUUCGAUGACUAUAGCUUUGUUAAAACGGAAGGAUUUGUAAGGUCCAUCUUGUCACAUUGCAAACAGCGUAAUGAUGACUGGGCAAUCACCAUUCAAGGGAGAAUCGCGUACUUUGGGAAGGACUUACAUGCUGCAGACUGUCUGUAUCAUCGUUCAUGUGACAUUAACUUUCGGACAAAUUACGGAAUUCCUAUGCGUCAUGGUGGUGGAUCUACUACAAAGAAACCGCGGAAGGUAGGGAGGCCAAUGAACAUGGACCAAGAGCAAGCGUUCUUGAGAAUGUGUGCCUUUCUCGAGGACAACGAUGAAGAGCAACUGACUGUCACAGAUCUUGCAAAGAAAAUGACGGAGUAUCUUGUAGAAGGAGACAGUGCUACCUAUAGUAAUAAAUGGCUGAGGUAUAAGCUGGAGGAGAAGUAUGGCGAUUCGCUAUUCAUAGCAGAGUGUGAAGGGUUGCCUAACAUUGUAACGUUCCAUGAAAAGACAAGAAUAAUCCUGAGGGACUAUUUCAGUAUUCAGGAAAAGGAUGAAGAAGCCCAGAAGAGAGCCAUCAUAGAGACUGCGGCCAAACUCAUCAAGAGCGAUAUCAACCGAUGAAUAUCCGAAGACUUCUUCACUUGAAUGUCAGUCUGCCUUAGAUUAUCUCCCCCUGAGUUUGCGUUGCUUGCUUGAAAACCUCUUCGUUGGAAAGGACAUUCACAGGAAGGUCGCAAGCAUUGGACAAUCAGUUGUUCAGGCUGUACGUCCCAGGGCUGUAGUAGCUCCAUUGCAGCUUGGGUUAGCAGUCCAGCUCCAUCAUCAUUUCAGGUCUCGAUUUUUUGUAGACAGUCUCUCAGCCAUGGGAUAUUGUUCAUCAUAUUCAGAAGUUCAGCGAUUCGAGGAAAACGCUGCCGCUUCUGUUGGCCAGGAUGUACUCGGUGGUACCAUAGACAGACUGGAUACGGCACUGCUGUUCGCUGCGGACAACGUCGAUCAUAAUAUCAUCACGUUAGAUGGGAAGGGGACUUUCCACGGCAUGGGGAUGGUAGCUACUGUGACUCCAGGAAGGAAGGUCAGUCGCACUGUUCUCAGACGGAAGACUGCGGACUUGGAGAUAGUUGAACAAAGCAGAGUUGAUAUAAUGGAAUACCGUUUCGCAAAACACACUCGCCGAAACAUAAAAUUCAAGCCCUUGCCAUUUCUCGACGCCAUUGACCAUCGGGUUGAUGUAUUGUGGGAGAUGUCUUUACGCUUCAGACAGCCUGCACCGAGCUGGAAUGGAAUGAUGCACAUAAAGACUGUGAUCAUCCGGGGUCGUCUUCGGUAAUCUUCCUGCCCAUCACUGACAUGUAUUCCGGAGACAAGUCAUGCAUCUUCUCCACUCUCGAGUAUCUGUGCAACCUUGCUGAUAAACACCGAUCCGCUGCAGUUGUUACAUUCGAUCAGCCACUCUACUGGAAAGCGUCAGAAAUCAAACACGAGGUGCCUGAAGACAGCCCGGUUCGAGAUGUUGUCCUGAUGCUCGGCAGCUUCCACACAUUGAUGAAUCUUAUGGGUGCCAUAGGAACGUUGUUGGAUGGGAGUGGAAUCAGAGAGAUCUUGGGAACAAUUUACGGUGACAAUGCUGUGCAACACAUCAUGACUGGAAAGGCAGUUCAGCGUGCAGUUCGUGGCCAUCUCCUCCUUGAUCAGUGUCUUACACAGCAAGUUGCAGACAAAGUACUUUGCGACCAUCCCGGUUUUGCAGACCUGUUGCAAGAACUUGAGCAGUUGUAUGCUCAGACACUGACAGGGGACAGUGACUUGAAUUCGGUCAUCACUUCUACCUGCCUUAGUGAAAUUGUCCACCUCUUGUCCACCAAAAGAAAUGGAUUAUCCGCUCACUCUCGCACCAGUAAACUAUGGCUGAAUUACCAACAGAUGGUAGGAAUUGCAAGGGAGCUUAUCGAGGCUGAUCGUACAGGAUCCUGGCUGAUGCACCUUCAUGCUGUAGCCGAAUGUUUGCCCAUUUUUGCAGCUGCUGGGCAUGGGAACUAUGUGAAGUCCGCCUACCUUUACCUCCAGUCAAUGACCACUCUGGAAGAUGAUAUGCCAUCAGUGUUCCAUAGAUUUAUGAAUGGCUUGCAUGUUGUAAGGCGUACUGAUCAGUACUGGGCAGGCCUGGGUUGCGACCUAGUCAUCGAGCAAGCUCUGAUGCGCUCCCUAAAAACUGCAGGAGGACUCACCAGAGGAAAUGGAAUGUCCGAACAUCAGAGGGCCUUGUGGACUCUGUCUGUGCCAGUGUCCUCUUCCUACAGUGAUGCAAUGCAGGGUUUCACUCGCCAGAGCUUUGUCACCAGUGAACAACACAAGGAGGCAAGAACGUCAAGGACGAGAAGAGAUCGUGAAGACCUGGAGAAAAUUGCAGAUAAACUCGAGACCUUUUCACCUUUCUCUGAUGAAGUGUCUCUUCGCAACAUUAUCACCGGUAUCAAUGCAAAUAAGGAUGUGAAUGUCCAUAACCUGUUUACCAUUGGCAGAGAAAUAGUGGCAACAAUGGAGGGUCAAUCACUGUUUUCAGUUAAGUACAAGCGGUCAAUGAAAGUCAAGACCCUGGCAUCUAGUGUGGCAGUUGACGUUGCUAAGGACAAAACAAUAGACCCCGCUCUUUUGUUCCAAAGGUUUCUUGUGGUGUCUCAAACUGCUGAUCUUUCCCUUGAUGAGGUGAUGGCCUAUGAACUUUCACCAUACCCACCAUCCCUCUUUGAGGCAAAACAUCUCUUACGCAAACCAAACCUGAUGGCUGCUAUAAAAGAACAGAGUUCAGAUGACGCAGUACUCAAGGAUGUACCAGAAGUGGAACAUAAUGUUCUUGACGGAGGUUCUCUUCUCCAUCGACUGAAGAAGACUUUUCCCCAUACUGUAAACAGUUGCUGAACGAAUUUGGGUUAAAUUUAAACAAACCAUCUGCAUGGAUACUCUAUUCUACUACUUCCGAGUUGAAGAGCGAAACAGCAGAACCAUCCUGUUUCAAGAUCACACAUUAUUCAGAAGUCGGCGUCGUUGUCUGCGUCGAGCAUUGAGACAUAACUUAAAUCAAUAUAACAAUGCACGAAUUAAAGUAAUUAUGUGUACUGUUAAUCCUACAAGUGAACGUAUGAUCAACAACAACAACAAUUCACUGAGGAUACUCUUUGAAACGAUUCUGGUGGCGUUUUACCUGCGAGUUUUACCCGCAGCCAUAAACCAGAUGACAAAAGACAGAUGUAAAGGUUGUGAAAUAAACCACCCUUCGCAAGUACAACACAGCUGUCUGAUGUAUUCAGCAAGUGAUUCUAUUGAUGAUUACUUCAGUGAUACACUGGAUUCGUUACCACACGAAGCUAUUGUUCGCGACGCUGAACGCUUCCUACACAUAUACGAAACACGACGUUUUCAUGAAAUUAAUAUUUUGCCAUACACCAGUGUUGAAUGGAUGAAAGAACAUUUCUUCAAUGAACAUCGUCGUAACGUUCUGGAGCUUCUUUUGCGCGUACACAUGGUGGAAUGACAUUGUUCUAUCUUAAGAACUAAAUAUUCAAGCCACUACACUAUAGAAUAAAUAAUCAGGAAAACUAUAGAAAAGAAACACUUUAUUACAUUUCAAGUUUCAUAUUUCAAGUUUCAUCUAAUAGUGCUCUAACAACUUUAAUUUCUUAACGCCGGGAAUGCCCGUGCUUGCUUUUCUUUUUAAAUAAAACUGAUUGUUCUUUUUGACAAAA